UGGAAAGUUCUACGUUGUGCGCACGCGCUCCCCGGGAUUAAUGUUAAGGCACAAAAGUGGCGCUACACCGUUCCGAGCUGUACUCCGGUGGUUGCCUUAGCAAUGAAUGGGGAGUCGGAACCAAACCCUGUCUUAGCAGAGGAGGCAGGGGAGCGGGUGGAGCCCACGGAUGCCACUCCCUCCCCUCAGGAACAGGCCACGCCCCCCUCAGAGGAAGCUGGGGAGGCUGUUUCCAUGGUAACAGAAGAUGGAGCCACAAAGGAGGGUGGCACAGAGGACAAUGAUGAUGAUGAUGAUGAUGUGGUUCUCGUAGGGGAGGAGGCUCCCCAGCCUUCUGCCACGACCGUUUCCCAAGACACGCCCAGCACAGACUGCCUCGAGCCAGCUGCUACCGUGGAAACUGUAGACAUGUCCAUGGCAGCAAUGCCUUCCAAGACCCCCAGUUCGCCCGCGUCUUCCAGCACAUCUACGGUGGCAACACCCCCUAAACCUCCAACCACAGCAGCGGAGCCUAUUGUCAUUGAUGAUGAGGAGGACUCUGAACAGAAAGACACUUCCCCCUCCUCACCAGCGCACCCUGGAGGCUCCUCCCCAUCCCACUCACCAGGUGCACUCAGCAGCACUGAGCCAGAUUCAGAGAUCAGGAUCUCCAGUGUCACCACACUGGGCUCCAGUAGCCAGAAAGGAAGCUCCACCAUUGCUGUAGUAAAUACUCCACCACAUCCAGUGGACAUCCAGGCAGACAUGAACCUGAUGAUAACUUCAGUGACAUCACUGCAGGACACGACGGCGUCUGUCGCAGCAGCAGGUGAAGGCCAGGCAGAGGAAAAUGGUCUGCAGAUCAGCAGCACAUUCAGCCUGAAUCCCGACACCCCACCUGGCCGACCAACAUCCUCCUUCAACCCUGGGCGGGGCACGGGCCCCAUGGGCCAGCUGGUACAGAAUGGAGACACAGGGACGCACAACAGGACAGACUCGUGGAUUUCCCAGUCAGCUUCUGUCCCUCGCAACCAAAAACAGACGGGGGUCGACUCCCCGUCACCAGCCACCUCCCUGCCCAAACCUCCAGGCCAGUCUUCCUCAUCUACUUCCUCUUCAGGCUCCCAGCAACAGCCCAGGACAGUGAAGGUGACCUGUGCUAACUGUAAAAAGCCUCUAAAGAAAGGCCAAACAGCCUACCAGCGUAAAGGCUCCACACACCUUUUCUGCUCCACCACCUGUCUCUCCGCCUUCUCGCACAAACCCGCCCCCAAGAAGAGCUGCACCAUGUGCAAAAAGGACAUCACAAACAUGAAGGGUACGAUCGUGGCCCAGGUCGACUCCAGUGAGUCUUUCCAGGAGUUCUGCAGCACAGGCUGCCUAGGUGCAUACGAGAACAAGCAAAACCCACCCAAAUCAGGCCUCAAAACCAAAUGUACAGUCUGCGGCAAGCUCACAGAGAUACGGCACGAGGUUAGCUUUAAGACUGUGACUCAUAAGAUCUGCAGCGACACAUGUUUCAACGUUUACCGCAGGGCCAAUGGGUUGAUCAUGAACUGCUGUGAGCAAUGUGGUGACUACCUGCCCAGCCGAGCGUCAGCCAACCACUUCCUGCUGGUCGAUGGCCAACAGAAACGCUUCUGCUGCCAGAACUGCAUUAGGGAGUACAAGCAGGCCCACAGUAAACUUGCAAGCUGCCUGACUUGCAAAACUCUGAUCAAGACAGGCGAGGUGCUCCACAGCCUCGGAGCAGGCGGCACUAUGGGCUCCUACUGUUCUGUCAACUGCAUGAACAAGGGCAAACUGGCGUCAACCUCCUUCCUCACAGACACAGAGCCCACAUGUCACUUCUGUAAGAGGAAUUCAUUACCGCAGUACCAGGCCACACUGCCAGAGGGAAACAUCCUCAACUUCUGCAGCUCACAGUGUGUUACCAAGUUCCAGAAUGCUACUCUUCAAACGGCCACCAAUGGACAGACGCCCCUCUCCACUACUAACAACACUGUCCAGCUGAAAUGUAACUACUGUCGAGGAGCAUUCAGCUUGAAGCCUGAAACUCUGGAGUGGGAGGAUAAGGUCUACCAGUUCUGUAGUAAGGCUUGCUGCGAGGACUACAAGAAGCUCCACUGCAUUGUGACGUUCUGUGAAUACUGCCAAGAGGAGAAGACGUUACACGAGACGGUCAAGUUCUCCGGGGUGAAGAGACCUUUCUGCAGCGAAGGCUGUAAGCUGUUAUUUAAGCAGGAUUUUAUCAAGCGGUUGGGUCUGAAGUGUGUCAGCUGUAACCACUGCAACCAGCUAUGUAAGAGAGGUGUGACCCGGCAGCUCGGUGGCAUGACCCGGGACUUCUGCAGUGAGACCUGUGCCAAGAAGUUCCAUGACUGGUACUACAAGGCGGCGAGGUGUGACUGCUGUAAGGUGCAGGGUAACCUGACAGAGUCUGUGAUGUGGAGAGCAGAGGUGAAGCAUUUCUGUGACCAGGAGUGUCUGUUGAAGUUCUACUGCCAGCAGAACGAGCCCAUCAUGGUCACGCAGAAAGGCCCCGAGAACACCAGCCUGGGGAUUGACAUGCAAAGCACUAAACUCGGGCUGGUGAACCAGGGUUCUGUGGCGUACGCUGGGGGAGGUUUGGUGAGAGAUGUCAAGAACAAGGCAGUGCUCUGCAAGCCGCUCACCCUGACCAAGGCUACCUACUGCAAGCCACACAUGCAGAGCAAACUAUUACAGACCGAUGUAGAUGAUGGUGUGAAGAGGGAGUAUGUUCCUGUACCCAUACCUGUGCCCGUCUUCAUCCCCAUGCCCAUGAACAUGUAUUCCCAGGUCACUCCCACUCCGGUCUCUCUGCCUGUACCGGUUCCUGUGCCCGUUUUCCUGCCCACUACCCUGCAGGGGGCAGAGCAGAUCAUCCAGACCAUCAACGAACUGAAAAACAAAGUGCCCUCUGAUCCUCUGGAGGCCAGCCUGCUCGCCAUGGCUGAUAUGAUCAAGGAGGACCAGACGCCAGAUGUGGAGCCAGUGAAGGUGAAGACGGAGUGUGAAGGGGACGAGGCCUCCAGCAGCAGGUCUGUGGACGAGAAGGAGCAAGAGGAGGAGAAGGAGAAGAACGAGGAGGAGAAGAAGGAGAAGGAGCAACAGGAGGAGGAGGAUGAGGACGAGGACAAGUACGAGUCUGACCUGGACCUGGAGGCAGACUUCCCUCAAGCCUCAGAACCUGUUCCAGUCCUGGAGGGAAUGGAUGAAGACAUGGGCUUCUCUCUACCUCCGGUCCUGGCAGAGGUGAAGGAGGAGCUGCAGGAGUCUGCGCCUCGACCACAGCCCAGGAGACAAGGAAACAAAAGGCAGGCGGUGGAGGAGAGCGCAGAUCCAGCCUCGUCUUCUUCUUCCCAUCCAACAGGCAGACACUCAGAAGGUCGAUCACUGCCUCUCAAAGCUCGCUAUGGUAUCCAUGCCUGGAAACGCUGGGCGCUGUCUCCUCCUGACCAAACAGAUGACACCAAAGUAAAGGACAGCUCCAAACCAGCCCGAACUAAAAGUAACCUGUUGUCGCUGAGUUCAGAGGAGCUGAACGUGGCUCUGGCCCGGUUUGUCAGGGAGGUCUGCAGGCCCAGUGGGGAGCGCUACUCUCCAGACAGCAUCCUCUACCUCUGUCUGGGGAUCCAGCAGCAUCUUCAUGCCAAAGGCCGGAAGGAUGACCUGUUCAGUGACCCGUGCUACCAGCAGUUUGGAGAGGAGCUUAAUAAGGUCCUGAAGGACUGGCAGCCCAGUGUGCUUCCUGAUGGCUCGCUGUGGGGUCGAGUGGAGGAGCAGAGCCUGUGGAGCAGCCGGCAGCUCGGUGAGCAGAGUCCCGCCGCUCUGCUGCGCUCUCUGGUCUACCUGAACACCAAAUACUUCGGCCUGCGCACGGUGGAGCAGCACCUCCGCCUCUCCUUCGCCAACGUCUACAGCCCUGACACCGUCCAUCCUGUCACCAAGGAGACCACUGUCUGCAUCCGCGUGCCUUCCAUCUCUCAGGAUCACCAUGUGCAAACAGAGUCCGGGAGGAGGAAGCGUAAGUUGGAGGAUAGCGAUAAGGACUAUGAACCAGACGACGACUCGGGAGGCUCCACUGUACGCUGCCCGGUGAAGAAGCACGAGUGUCACCUGUAUGACCUCUACAGAUCAAAGUGUCCACCGUUGUUGCGGGAGCGUCUGGAUGUCUUCUACGUUCAGCCAGAUCCGGCCUGCGGUCCCGACGACCCGCUGUGGUUCAGCUCCACACCACUAGAGCGACGGAUCCUGGAGGGUCUCCUCACCAGAGUCCUCCUGGUCCGGGACAUUUACACAGACAGACAGCACCUGGAGGAAGACGAGGAGGAAGAGGACAGGGGCGAAGCAGUUGAAUAGCAGUCGCCUGGACUUCUGCUAGUAGAGCCAGAACAGUCAGCAGAGGCUAGCUAGUGUUUGCCCUCCUCCCCUGUCUUAUCAUCUACCCCUCCUUCCCCUCCUCGCUGACUUGCUGUUUCCUCCUGGUGAGGGGUGUCCACAACAGGAGGGAGUGGAGUGCUUGGGGUCAAGAGAGUAACUUAUUUUUUACAAAGAGAAUCAAUAAGCAAGGGACAAGGCAGGCAGAAGGGUCUGGAUGAAACCAGAACCACUACCCAGGGGAGGAGAGUAGGAAGAGGCGGUGCGAGGCUGAUGCUGUGUCUGCAUAGUUGGAAGUUAGAAAUUCCCGCCUGGUAGGUUGAAAUUCUUCGAUGCAAUCUGUAGUUCAGCUUCUUAAAAAAAAAUAAAAAUAAAAAAUAAAAAGAUAGAAACAUGGCUGGUGAAAGUUUUUUCCGGCAAAAAUUCUCUCCGGUUCCACAUUUAGCAGCUAACCGUGCUGGUAUAAGAGCUACUUUAUACAAAGUUAUAUUUUAAUGUGUGAUGAAACACUAAAUAUCCUCCAGCAGGAAUGCAUUGUGGGUGGUGGACAGCUUCAGGUCUCUUGCUUCUUCGACAUCAGCUAUCAGUGAUGUAAUAACGCCCUGUUGUCUCGUGCUAAUUCUCUGAUGAGGCGUGAACAUGUCUGCUCUUAGAUGGAAGCAAAGGUGUCAAUUUGUGCAUUUAACAUAUUCAGUUUCAUGAAUUGAUUUAAUAGAUUUAACAUCAUCACAAGCACACCUGUCAGUUUGUUUGACUUGUGCUCAGGUUAAAGUUUGGUGUGAAGGUGCAGUCAGACUAUUGUAUGACAACAAGCAGGCUGGGCAGGAAAUGGUGAGUGUAAGGCUGUAGCUGCAGGAGCUUAGCAGGGCUAGACUCAGCAUCAUCAAACAUUUUCAUUGACCUCUGUCACUUGUCCUUGCACUCAGCACAGCAAAUUAGUGUCACUUCUUCUCUGCUUGUAGUAUUUGGUCGUGCAGUCCCACCCACUCCCACAAACUACCUGCACUUUGGAGAGCCUCAAGUUGUCGCGUGCCAAAGUUCAGUCUAAAGUCUGUGUGGAGGCAAAGAGGACGGGAUCAAUUUGUGAUCUCUAUCUGUUCCUCAUAGAAAUGAAUUGUUCAGACUGCACCAUGAAGACAUGGUCACAUUACGCAUCCAUCAAAUAUUCGCUCAGUUUUCCGUCAAGUCCGUACAAAUCCAAGCGUGCAUUUCCUGUUUCGGCAGGCUCUCCAGCCUUUGACUGGAUGGAUGUGCUCAGAGUUAUAAUUUUAGCCUGUUUCAUCGCCAUAUUUAGUGCAUAGUCACACCAUCAGGGGACAAACUGCAGCACUGCUUUCUUUGGGAUUUGCUCUGAUCAAUAUUUAUUUCUCACCUGCAUCAGAAACAUGACAUUAUUCCCUUUUCAGAGGGCGUGUGCAGGGCAGUUUUAUUAUGUGUGUGUGUUUAUGCAGGGAAUAUUGUGAGGUCACCAAACUCAGUGUACCAAGAAAUAAAAGUAAAUCGUCCCACCUUCACAGGUGUGACAUAAGGGUCAGAAAGAUGUCACACAGACCUGCACAGUCUAGUAAAGGUAUCUAAUCAGGUAAAAUCACCUCUGUAUGUGUGUGUAUGCAGGUCAAGGGUUUAACCUUAACUUAAUUGGGCUUGAGUGUAUGUUGAUGAGUGUCAGUAUUUAAAAAGUGAUGCUGUGCAGCGCUAACACUGUCAAAGUGCGUAACAGAAACCUCCAGGCUGACUAAUUUUGCCUCAUAUGGUAAAAUUUGGAAUUUCUGACUCUUCAACUUGUCUGGAACGCAGCAUUAGACCAGCAGCCUCUUCCUCUCAGCCGGGGCGAUCUACCAUAUCACUCAUCUCCAUCAACAGCUGCUUUCAUUCCAUCCCAUCAUCCCGCUCACCGCUCUUCCUCUGACAGUACUGCUCUCAGGCAAAACCAUUGCACCACAGAGGACUUCAGCUCAGAGGAGCAGGAGUCAGGACUGAUCCCAGGACAGUAAAAGAGGACUGACUCUAAAGCGUGUGUUAUCUCUCUUCCGACAGACCUGACUCGCUGUGGUGUCAGGUAAAGGCAACCUACCGACAUGCUGCAUUUCUUUAAGGGACAUUGGGGGAACCUUCAUUCAUGCAAUGUAGCAUUAUAUGCGUACUAAGCCCAGAUUGGGUUGCUUUGAAGUGUAAAUAUCUCUGAACGAGGAGGUUAUUUGAGAUGGAGUCAACACAGAGGGACACUGUGUAGUUUGGGGGGAAAUAAAAACUCCCUCUGAAACCUUCAGCUUGAAAACCCGCCUCUCAAGAAGCCUUUUUAAAAAGACUGAUUAUUUAUUUCUCUUUUUAUUAGUUUGACUGUAUCCUCUUAACGUUGGGAUGGGAUUUCUAUGAGUGCCGUUUCCUUCUCAACUGUCAUUCAUUAAACACCUGCUGCAGUCCUGCACCCUCGUCUCUCUCUUGUCCGUUAAAGGGUAUAUUGUGCAGGAACCUGCUAACCAUGAAGGACGCUGAUUAUUCAGAACUCAACGGACUAUUUUUGAAUGUUUCCUUUCUGCUUUUGUCCCUGUGUUCGUAUUUUCUUGGCAUUUCUCAAUUAGUCGCCUUUAAACUUAACAUCGAUUUAGUUUGAAAACUGAGCACUUGUUAAUAAAUGCCCUCUUCUUCUUCCCAGCUGUUUUAGUGUUAGCACUGCAAAGCAAAAGCUUCUAAUAAUGAAUUGGUUGGACUUUUUUUUUUUUCAUUUUCAUGAGCUGAAUUCCUGUUUUCUAUCAGAGUUACACUUUCCAGUGUUAAUUUGUUGGAUUUUUUUUUUUUUUUUUACAUUUGUGGUUUAAGUCCCCUUUUUUACUUAUGAAUUUUAUUAUAAUUUGCUCUCUGAUUGUUUCAAUAAAUUGGAUAAAGUGUCAAGUUAAAAUCAAGUGAAGAUUAUUUGAAGAUUUUUUUUCUACUUCUUCCUUGAUCACUUAUUGACUCAUUUAAAUAGAAUACUAGGCAAACAUUUUUACACCAAGCAAAUGUAUGUUUCCACUACUAGUGCUCAAAAUGUAAGGAACACCCUCCAGAUGAGUUGAGUUUGACCCUCCAUGAACACUGUCUCAAAUUUCUCACUGAUGAAAAAUCAAACAUGUCUUCUCUGCAUGAUCCACAUCACGGCUCCUCCUGAUUGAAGUGGAUUUACCUGGGGAUCAAGGUCAGGGAAUACACCUCCAGAGUUUUAUUUUGUCUAAAGAGCAGGUGUUCCUGUUAUUUUGUACACUUGACUGUGCGUUUAAUGGUGUUGAACUGCAGUGUAACAUUUCAGGAACAAAGGCAGUGGACUGAGAGGGAGAACGUCGGUCUGGAUUUCUGACACCAGAGGAGUGUCGCCAGCCCAAAAUCCAAACCUUUAAACUUGACUGCAGUUUAACAAAACUGACACAGGAUCAGCGGACCCCGGUUAACCUGGCUAGUUUUCCUGCUGGACUCAGAGGCAGAGACCAAUCCUGCCACAGGUUUGGACCUACGGUAGUCGCUGUGGCUGGCUUUAAUGCCUAAUGUGAACGUGCCUAUCUGUAUAUACUGAAAGUGAGUGAUUGUGACUUGAGUCUGAUGCUAUGUGUGUGGGCUGAUCUGCUGAUGCGGUCAUGUUAAAUAAAUGGUUUCAUUUUCUAACCAGA